AUGGCGCAGUCGACGACGCAACAUGCUGCCAUCUUCGGCAAGUGUUCCACCCUCCAGUGCAACCCUACCCCCGAUGGCGGCUGCAUCGUCAAGCCGACUACUAGCAGUCAGGUGUCAGAGUUUUUGCAAGCCGUCUCCCCGCUUGUUCUCGGCGGUAAGCUCAAGUUCACUAUUCGGGAUGGAGGUACCCAGUUGGCCCCCGAUGGUCAGCAGUUUCCCUCGGAAGUCCUCGUGUUGGAUUUAGGGGAGAUGAAAGGAGUGCAGAUAGGGAUAGACGACACUAUAACCGUUGCAGCGGGCGAGAAGUGGGCUUCUGUUAACCAGAAACUCGAUACUCAUGGCAUCAGCGUCGCUGGCGGCCUGAAUGGAGGGAGGGGAAUCGGUCGGCUCGCAUUGCAGGGGGGUCUGUCACUGUUCUCAUCAAGUCAGGGCUUCGUCGCUGACAACGUUGCCAAUUACGAAAUCGUGUUGCCUUCGGGAAAAACCAUCAAUGCCAGCCCGUCAGAGCAUGUAGACCUCUGGAGGUCUCUGAAAGGAGGGUCGAAUAACUAUGGCAUUCAAGCGUUGGUUGAUCUGCUGCACUCUCCCACCGAAGGGAGAGAGCUUCGCAUUAUCCUUAGCACGUUGUUUUCAGCACAGUUUGGCGGGAUUGUGUCACUUAAUAGGGUUUAUCACACGACAGGUCGGGAGGAUGCUCCUGAGACGCAGCCUUUCACCAGAGUCGGCCCAAGGGUCGGUAAUCUCACGUCUCUCGGCCAUGUCACUGUUUCUAAUGCCACAGCAGACCCUAAAGAUGUCGUCGGAAGUCAGAGGCGAGCGCAUAUAGAUAUGACUGUAAAAGCAGAUGUUGUAACCUUACAAGCUGCUACUGACAUUUUUAUGUGGACGUUGGAUCCAAUCAAGGGCUUGGAUGACUCUAGAUUUGUCGCAUCAAUCCUCUUUGAGACCUUAUCAACGUCACUCAUCAAGGGUUCGUCGGAGUCACGCAAUCUUUUUGGCCUCGACCCUUCAGCAGGUCCCCUAAUAUCUCUUUCCUUUGUCAUAAAAUGGACAAGCAAAAAAGACGACAAGGCAAUCUUAGAUCACUUUCACAAGGUUAUGGAGAAUAUCAAGAAAUACGCCGUGUCGAGAGGCACGGCCAUCCCAUUAGCUCAUACGGGCGUAUUUCGUAAGGGCAUCGCUACUACUUUUAGUCUUUUCCCAUAG